CGGUGUCUGGUGGGCGGUGGGUCGCGCCGUUUUGUAGUAGUAAAACAAUGUCACACACAAGGUCAAUCACUGUCGUCUGAUUGAAACCAGCUGUGUGUGCCUUAGAAACUGCAGGGAAAUGAUGCUAAGGACUGUGCCAUGUACCGUAGGCAAGAUUGCUCGCCGGGCGUACUCUGUCGAGGCAAACAGAAAUUACGACAUUGUGGUGGUCGGCGGUGGCAUUGUCGGUACGGCUUCGGCCCGUGAAAUUCUCCUGCGCCAUCCAACGUUGCGUGUGGCGGUGGUAGAGAAGGAGCCUCAGCUAGCGUUUCACCAGAGUGGCCACAAUAGUGGCGUAAUUCAUGCGGGCAUCUACUACAAACCGGGAUCCCUGAAGGCGAAACUGUGCGUCGAAGGGUUGCAUUUAAGUUACAAGUAUUUCGACGAGAAAAGCGUGCCGUAUAAGAAGGUCGGCAAGCUGAUCGUGGCCACUACCCCCGUGGAGGUAGAACGCUUGAAUGACCUGUAUCAGCGAUCACUUGCCAACAAUGUGCCCGGAGUGCAGCUGGUGGAUGCGGCCAAGAUAAAAGAAAUCGAACCAUUCUGCAACGGACUGAAGGCCAUCUGGUCGCCCCACACCGGGAUCGUCGACUGGCGCAUGGUGACGCAGUACUAUGCGCGUGACUUUAAGGCGGCCGGUGGAGAUGUGUACGUCAACUUUAAGGUGUCCAAGUUCAGCGAGGCACCGGACCACUUGGACUACCCGAUUGUGGUACGCAGCGCGAAGGGUGACACGAUACGCGCCCGUAACAUUCUGACCUGUGGUGGGCUACAGUCGGACAAGCUGGCGGAAAUGACGGGAUGCUCGGCGGUACCCAAAAUAGUGCCGUUCCGGGGCGAGUAUCUGUUGCUGCACCCGGACAAGUGCCAUAUGGUGCGGGGUAACAUUUACCCGGUGCCGGAUCCACGGUUCCCGUUUCUCGGCGUACACUUCACGCCGCGCAUGGAUGGGAGUGUCUGGUUGGGCCCGAAUGCGGUGCUGGCAUUCCGCCGGGAAGGGUACAAGUGGUCAGACAUCAAUGUGCCCGAGCUGAUUGACGCCCUGCGUUUCCCGGGACUGAUCAAAAUGGCGUCCAGGUUUAUCGGGGCCGGCAUGAUGGAGGUGGCCCGUUCGGCGAUCAUACCGCUCCAGGUGCGGGAGCUCCAAAAAUUCAUUCCCGACAUUCAGGAGUACGACGUCAGCCGCGGACCGGCCGGUGUUCGGGCGCAAGCCCUCGACAACGAGGGCAAUCUGGUAGAUGAUUUCGUGUUCGACCACGGAAAGGGAAACACGGCGCUGUCGCGAAACAUUCUUCACUGUCGCAACGCACCGUCGCCGGGGGCCACGAGUUCGCUGUCGAUCGCCAAGAUGAUUGCCGACAAAAUCGAGGAAGAGUUUCACAUCAAAAAGUGAUCAUCCAAAGCACCGUUUUGUUGAAGCAUUAUUUUAUUGUACGAUUUCAUAUAAUAUUGGUAAAGUAUCACUGAUCCGUUUCCUGUUUGAUAAUGUUUUAAAACUGCCUGAAAAUGAAUAGACCAUCUUCUUGCCGCGACCCGCGAUGCGCGCUCAUUGGUUUUAUGUACAUUUGCCGAUUUGAUCGUUUAUCGUUUUCAAACGGAACUAAAAUGAAUGCCGCUGCGCCAAUGGAAGUACAUGUUUGCGUUGAUAAAAUCCCAGUAUGCCGUCAUGUGGAAGCCAAUGUUGGAGUAGACGAACAGAUACUCGCUGAGUGCAAACAGCGAAUAAACGA